AUGUUGCAUAUCUGGACCGUGUCGGGGGAAGAGGUGGUUAUUGAAAAGGAAGGCUUGGGCGAUGUACGGACCGUGAAGCAACAUUUGCGAAGCAUCUUUGCCCUGUCGCGGUUCAGACUGAGACUUCUACACGAUGGUCGUGAUUUACAUGAUGAUUGUGCGGACUUGCCGGACGGUUUGCAGAUGGUCGUGCUGCCGUUUUCCGAAGCUUCGGAUGAGCAGGCGCUCGAGCUCAUCAGCGCCGCUGGUGAUGGCAACGUUGCAUCUGUUGAGGAGAUUCUGAGGCGCCCACAAGACCCGAACAGGGUAGUCGCUGAUCUCCGCGGUUAUCCAUUUGGAAGGCCAGAUUAUUACAGCCAAACAGCUCUCGCAGCAGCAUCAGAUGAGGGCUACGUUGAAGUUGUGCGUAUGCUGUUGGAGGCUUCUGCCAACCCAGAUGGCUAUGGAGUCGGCAGGGGCUACGAGGGUCCAAGUCUUGUUUUAGCUGCCGGCAGCGGCCAUAUUGAAGUUGUCAGCCUUUUGGUGGAAGCCGGUGCUCUGACUGAGGUAGUCUCCGGCUUUUGGGGGACAGCUGUAACCCCCCUUCUUGCGGCCAUCCAAGGACAUAGUGAGGCGCAGGGCCCAGGUGCAAACAGCAUGGGGAUUGUGCAGAUAUUGCUGGAGGCAGCUGCCGACCCAGCGUCCAUCAUACCUGCCCAAGUUCCUCAAAACCCUGAUUGUGUGGAGCAUGAUGCCCGGCCUCUGGUGGCAGCAUCUCAAGGUGGACACCUUGAAGUUGCGCGCCUCUUGCUGGAAAGCGGCUUCGCUGGUGAUGCCUCACCAGCUCGCGGAGCUGCGCACGCAGAACAAGAUCAGCGGAUGCAUCUUGCUCCAGCCCUUGUCGCUGCAUCCUCGAGAGGCCAUGCGGAAAUGGUAAGAUUGCUCGUGCAGGCCAUGGGGUCUACGCUUGACGACUGCCGUCAUGCAAUGCCCAAGGAGAGAACCAGACUUCCUUGCACGACGCUUCUUUUUUGGGCAUCGAGGUUUGGGCACGUGGGCAUUGUGACUUUGCUGUUAGGUGCUCGUGCUGAUCAAGACACAGUUUUUGGAGAUGAUGGCCUGACCGCUCUUUCGGUAGCCGCUGGCGACGGGCACGUUGAGAUUGUGCGUCUGCUGCUAGGACAGUCAAGGCCGUGA